CCAGUGAUUGUUUAAUGACCAUCCGUCCCUUUGUUUUCGUUUCGACCUGUCUAUUAACUAAAACAGGUGGAUGAUUAAUUCUUCAUGAUUUUAAUUAAAAUAUAAAAUCAAUUUUUAUUAGGUAGUUAUAGUCCAAAGUGUUCAGGUGCAAAAUGUUCAAGGCUGCCAAGCUUAGAUGUUUCAUUAUAUUGCUAGUGUUUUUCGCUGUAGCUAAUAAGGCCGAUGAAGCUAGUCAAGAUGCAGGUGGUCACUGUAUAUGGUACGGCGUCUGCUAUACAGACGAAGACGACUUAAGUAAAAAUUGUGUAUAUAAUGGUACUGCUAAGCCACUUAAUGAUACAGACGCCAUUAGUAUACUUAAAAGAAGAUGUCCGUAUAUUUCGCCAGACGCCACUUGCUGCGACGCCGAGCAGCUCAAACUCCUGGACAGCAAUCUCCAACAAGCCCAGUCUCUGCUGAGCAGAUGUCCCUCCUGUAUGAACAACUUCGUGAAGACGUUUUGUCACUUUACCUGUUCCCCAACACAAUCCAAAUUCAUGCAUGUCAAUACCACAGAACUAAAUCCAGAAACGAAUAAAACAUACAUCACAGAUGUGGAUGUAUACUUGGAUAACACCUAUAUGGAGGGUGCUUACAAUUCCUGCAAGGAAGUCAGUGUACCAGUCACUGGAGGAAAGGUAAUGAACCUUAUGUGUGGCCAAUAUGGCGCCGAAAAGUGUAAUCCUCUGAGAUGGUACCACAGUUUAGGAGACUAUCCAAAUACACCGGGUGUACCGUUCCACAUUGAUUUCAUCAACGCUACUGGUCCUACCAAUGGAUACACGCCUCUGACUGCCGAUAUAAUUCCUUGCAGCAAGUCUGUAGAUGGUAAGUCACCUCCAUGCAGUUGUGUCGACUGCGAAGACAGCUGCCCAGCACCACCUCCACCCACUCCUCCCCCAAAACCAUUAGGCCUAGAUGGUUACGUUUUCAUCAUGAUCAUGGUAUUUAUUAUCGUUUCCUCCUUGUUUCUUCUUUACAAUUUUAUACACAACAGAAAUUACUCAGGUAUUUCAGAUCAGAAUUAUUACUUCUGUAUAAAACUAACAUCUUAA